GGCGUAGGGAGCCUGCGUGGUGAGCACCCAGCCGUGCAGUGCGGAGCCGUUGGCUGGGGCGAAGGGAGACAUGGAUCAGGGAUACGGAGGUUAUGGCACCUGGAAUACAGGGGCCACUAAUACACAAGGCACAUAUACAGCAAACACAGCAAGUUGGCAAGGCAUCACGGCAAAGGAGAAUUAUGAGGGAUCUUCAUGGCAGAUUUGGCAGUCAUAUUACGAGAGCCCUAGGACUGACAUAGCAAAGGGUAUGACAGGCUAUGAAAACUAUGACUAUUAUGGCACUCAAACAAGUGCUGCAACAUCAGCAGCCACAUACAACUAUGCUGCAGCUCCUGCUACCACCACAACCUGGGAAACCCCCAAAGCUACCGACAUGAGCAUGACAGCUGAUGUCAGCAGCGCUAUGCCAGUUGCAUCUUACAGUACGGAGACUGUGACUAAUGAAAACUCUGACUCCAUCAUAGCCAAAAUAAACCAGCGCCUGGAUAUGCUGUCAAAGGAGGGCAGUGGCGGAACUGGGGAAGGAAUAGAGGAUCAGGAAAGUUCUUUCAGGUUUGAGUCUUUUGAUUCCUAUGAUUCGAGGUCAGCGAUGACCGACCGCAGUCUCUAUAACAGGGCUGGUUACGAUUAUGGUGAUGUUGGAACUGAUCAGAAUGAUUCCUUUGGAAGCCAGUAUGACAACCGUCAGGCCCGCAAUAGAGGAAAUAACUACAAUGUCAUGAGAGGGAGAGCCCAGAACCGUGUCCAAAACCGGGGGCGUCUAAAUGCUUUCAACCGCAACGACCACUAUAUGCCGUCUUCAAGUACGGAGCGACUGUCUGCCCGUUGGAAUGAAUUGAACUAUAUGGGUGGGCGGGGCAUGGGUGGGCCCAGUCCCAACAGGCUACCUUCACUCUUCUCCCAAGCCCUGGUUCCUGACUAUGGUGAUUAUGGGGACUAUGGUGAUUAUGGGGACUAUGGCGAUUACGGGGAUUAUGGCGACUAUGGUGACUACGGAGACUAUGGUGAUUAUGACUAUGGCAUGAUGGGAAUGUCAGGAAUGGGGAUGGGAAGGUAUGGCAACAUGCCUUAUGGAUACGGCAGGCCACGGAACAGAGUGAGUACGAUGCCCUGGCAUCUCAACAUGCUCAUGCCCAAGAGGAGGGGUUUCCGCAACCGCUCAGGAGGGCGGUCGGAUAGCGAAGGAGGACGUAAACGGAAACAGUCCCAAAGCGGAGAUGAGCCAGACAGCAAACAGGCAAAGACUGACAGCGAAGGAGAUGAUACUGAGAAUGCAGAUGAUGGCGAAGGAGAGGAGAAAUCUGGAGAUGAAGGCGACAAAGGUGAGAAUGAGGGUUGUGGUGGAGAUAUGGAGAAGAAAGCAUCUGGCGAUGGCGGUGAAGAGGAAGAUGAAGAGGUGAAAAAGAGGAGGGAAAAACAGAGAAGAAGAGAUAGAAUGCGUGAUCGUGCUAUGGAUAGAAUCCAGUUUGCCUGCUCUGUGUGUAAGUUUCGCAGCUUUGAAGAAGAUGAGAUCCAGAAACAUCUGCAGAGCAAGUUUCACAAAGAGACCUUGAGAUACAUUGGCACCAAACUCCCUGAUAAAACAGUGGAAUUCCUUCAGGAGUAUAUUGUGAACAGGAAUAAGAAAAUUGAGAAGCGCCGUCAGGAGCUGACUGAGAAGGAGGGCACAAAACAGAAACCAGACCCUUUCAAGGGUAUUGGCCAGGAACACUUCUUCAAGAAGAUUGAGGCAGCUCACUGUAUGGCCUGUGACAUGCUGAUUCCUGCACAGAACCAUCUUCUCCAGAGACACCUGAGGUCUGCUGACCAUAACAGGAACCGCAGGAUGGCAGCUGAGCAGUUCAAGAAAACUAGUCUCCAUGUUGCCAAGAGCGUCCUAAAUAACAAGCACAUUGUAAAAAUGCUGGAGAAGUAUCUCAAGGGUGAAGAUCCAUUCACAGAUGAAAUUGCUGACCAAGAUGUUGAUGAAGCAGAAGCUUUGGAAGGAGGAGGCGAUGGUGGUGGUGAAGGGGCUAAUGAAAGCGCUACUGUAGAGGCUGCCCAGGCAAAGGAGGAAGGCACUGGGGAUGCAACACAAGCCACAGAAGCCACUGAAGCCACUAGUGCAGAAGGGGAAGAAACAGAAAAGGUUUCUGAGGAGAUGUCUGGAAAUGAGGAAUUGUCUAAAAAUGAGGGAGAAGAGAUGAAGCAACUGCCACAAGAGGAAGCGGAAGCAGGAACAGCAGCUGGAGCUGAAGUAGCAGCAGGGGAUGGGGUGGUGGCACUGGAGGGAGCAGAAGAAGCAGAAGCAGUAGAAGCAGCUUCAGAAGAACCAUCUCAGUCUCAAGAAAGCGUAGAGGAGCCAGUGAUUUCCUUUGGAGGUGAUGCUGAGAUUCAACAAGCUGAGGAGGUAGAGGAGGAGAAGGAGCAACCAAGUGAGGCAGCAGCGGCCAGCAGCGCUGAGGCUGAGGUAGAGGCGCUGCCUGAAGAGGAGCUGCAGCAGGAGUAGCCGUGUGGAUGUGUGUGUGGAGGUGACUUGUCCUGCACAAAUGUAUAAUCUCUGGUUUUUAAUUUCCCCUCCCCAUCCCACCCCCCAUCUUAUUUGAAUGCAGUCCCUGAAUGUGCAUUGCCAGAAGUGUGGCUGGUUUUUGUUUUUGUUUAAGGGGAGGGACCCGGCUGUUCUGUGAUGGGAACAGUCUUGUGCUUAACUGUCUUGUUCUGUAGACUUGCUUAGUUCUGCUUUCUACAUAACUUUUUUUUUUAGGUUGAAGACUGCAGGAAGCUGUACAUUCCCCAAGAAACUUGAGAGGCAUCACCUUUUUUGAAUUUUAGAAUGAAGAGCAGGGUUUGCAAAAUAAAAACAUCAUUAGAUCCUGA